UUAUUGACUCGUGCGUAUGUGUGUAUACUUCAUGCAAGCAGAUACGGAUAUACCGUGGAUCGCGAGAAGGUGACGGAAGUCUUUGGCAUGGUAUCCACAUCUACACAUUAAAAUAAAAUGUGCGAUAGUUUUAAACGUAAUCGUAGACCGAGUUCAAUGGAUGAUUUCGCCGAUUUAAAACCGUUGGAUUUGUCGGUGAAGAGUUCUUUGACGUCGCGUCAUGUCAAGUCAAGAAAACCAUACAAAUUGUUUUGCGAUGUUUGCACAAAGGGUUUUGACAGACCGUCGCUUUUAAAGAGGCACGUAAGGACCCACACAGGAGAACGUCCUCACGCUUGUUCCCAGUGCGACAAAGCGUUCUCUACGUCCAGUGCACUGAACACCCACAAACGUAUACAUAGCGGCGAGCGGCCACACGCGUGUCCAAUAUGCGGCAAAACGUUUACGGCCAGUUCGAACUUGUACUACCACAGAAUGACACAUUCCAAAGUAAAACCACACAAGUGUAAUACAUGUGACAAGUCGUACCCAACGCCGGGUAAUUUGCGAGCCCACAUGUCAUCACACUCUGGCGAAUGGACGUAUCACUGCACGACAUGUGGCAGAGGUUUUGGAAAAAAGAUCAACGUGGAAAGGCACGCCAAGACAUGCCGCAGAUAAACCAAAACAUAAAAGCCAUAAUCAUCUAUUUAGAUAUCAUUAUUAUAUUGUUAUAGUAAAUAUAAAAAAAUUGUGUUGUAAUUUAGUCUUCCGUUGGAACAUCAAGUCUUAUUUUUUU